UGCAUAAUCGCCUUGUCUUAAUAAAACAAUCUCAGACCUGUAGCCCAGUUCUUAUACCUCCCGAGUUUAUCUGUCCCCUUUCCCUAGAGCUAAUGGCUGAUCCAGUGAUUGUCGCAUCAGGACACACCUAUGACCGGGAUUUCAUCAAGAAUUGGAUUGAUCUUGGGCUGACUGUGUGCCCCAAGUCACGGCAGACUUUGGCUCAUACCAUUUUUAUACAUAAUUACACAAUGAAGGAACUAAUUGCAAAGUGGUAAGAGUCAAACAACGUGAAGUUGCUUGAGGCCUUUAAGUUCAUGAGUUUAGAUCAGCCAUAUCCUCUUCUUGAAACCGAGGUUAAGAAGUUGGUUGAUUUCUUGAAGAGUACAUCAAUUGAUACACAAAGGGAGGCCACAGCUCAACUCAGGUUACUUUCCAAGCAGAAUAGGGACAACCGGACUAAAAUAGCAAGUUGUGGGGCGAUUAGCAUGUUACUUGAUUUACUUUAUUCACCUGAUACAAGGACUCAGGAAAAUGCUGUUACAUCACUUCUUAACUUAUCAAAUAUUGAUAACAACAAAACAGCUAUUAUUAACGCAAAUGCAAUUGAUCCUCUGAUUCAUGUGCUUGAGACAGGAAGUCCUUUUGCUAAAGAAAACACAGCUGCCACUCUUUUUAGCCUUUCAGUCAACGAGGAUAACAGACUCAGGAUUGGAAUGUCUGGGGCAGUCGGGCCUCUUUUUGAUUUGCUGAGGAAGGGUACUCGUAGGGGAAAGAAAGAUUCAGUGACAGCCUUGUAUAAUCUGUCAAGAUAUCAUGAAAAUAAGGCUCGAAUUGUGCGGGCUGGUGCCGUAAGAUAUGUUGUGGAUUUGAUGCAACCAUCAUCUGGGAUGGUUGAUAAAGCAGUAUUUCUUUUGGCAAAGCUUGCUACAAUUUUGGAAGGGAGGACUGCAAUUGGAAAAGAGGGUGGGAUAGUUCCUCUGGUUGAGGUUGUUGAAUUUGGUUCUGCGAGAGGAAAGGAAAAUGCCGCAGCUGCACUUUUACUUCUCUGUACAUACAAUAAUAGGUAUAGCAGUUUAGUGCUGGAAGAAGGAGCUGUUCCACCAUUACUGGCAUUGUCCCAGUCUGGCACCCCGAGAGCUAAAGAGAAGGCAAUGCUGCUUCUGGUGUUUUUUUCCCAAUAAAUUCCUUUCUUUUAA